CUCCUGUUGUCCUGGUUUCCAGUGAUUUGCAGAAGAGGAUGUCUUCCUUAAUUGACCCCCCAAUAACAUAAUGGACAUAUACCAGGAGCUGUGCCAGACCUGUUGAUUCAUCCAGCUGUAACUCAUAUAAUUCACUGAUGUGUCGUGAAACAGUGUUGUUUGAUGAAGUCAUUGUCUGUAUAGUUUUUUGGCCUUUUCCCCCAGCAUUGUCCCAGCCAUAUCCACUGCAGCAGGAAGAAUUGAAGUCCUUCACAAUAGUUUGGCAACGGACUGUUAGUGGAAUUCCCACGAGAGCGUAACGGUUAAUGUAAUUGAAUGUUCAUUAUUUCACUAGGCUACAUUUAUUUGACAUUGUGUUAUUUCACUGAACACUAGAUGGUUUCAUGUUAUUUUUUGGCAGUGAACCGAAGCUAUUCAGGUGAGGGGAAAAACACCACCCAAAUGUAUAGCCCUAUUGGAGAAUCUAAAUGGACAGUUUGAAAAUGUGAAACACAUUUUUAUUUGGCAUACCCCCGACGGCAUUGCCCGUAUCCCAGUUUGGGAAUAGCCUGUAUGGGGUAUUCAAACACAGCUCAGGAUUUACUUUUUGUAGCAGGUUGAUUAGGAGAAAUUAUGCAGCAAGUUAGGACAAUUAACAUAGUAGGUUAGGAUAAUCGGGUUAAGGUUAGGAAAAGGGUUAGGGUUAGGGUUAACUUAAAUGCAAAAAGAAAUCAACAUCUGACGUCAAUUAGACAUCAACUGUAUCCCGUCUAGCCAUUACCAGGUUCAGGCAGAUUGGUGUCCGACCUAAGCCUGGGUCAUUUCUACAACGCGGUGUGUUUUCUGCCCCCAGAAAGUAUAACUUCUUAUUAGUUUAAAUGUGGAUUCCAAAAGUCUUUAAAUAUGAGGUCCGGUGUCCUUAAAAUUAAAAACAUGUCUCUUUAAAGGGAAUAUUUUGUAUUUUAAACACUUUUCUUCAGUGGAUGUAGUUGUUUUUAACAUGUGUUAAUUGCUGGGAUGAAUAAUACACUUGUUUUUGUAAUUUUACUGUCAAUAAAGUCUGUUUUUCUCUCUCUCUCAUUAUUCCUUCACCAGUGCUGCCCCCUCCUGGUGAAUCCAGGUCCUGCUGCUGACAUCAGUAUUUGACAUAAGUAUUUGUGUCUCUGAGCUGUAGUUGUCCUCAGUGGCUGACAGGACCACAGACAUUCAGAGUGACCUGGGGGUGUGACGGUGAAACAAGCUCAUCAAGAGUGAAAGGUGGGCAUCAUCUUAAAAUAAGCAGUCUCAAACCUGAUGAAAAGUACCAGUUCAACAUGGCUACAGAGGGAGAAGAUGGAAGCCAAAGCAGAUGGAUCUCAGCAACCCUAUCCACAGUGGUCCCACCCAGAGUUUUAAAGAUAGACCAUUUGGAAGAGACCUCCUUCACUCUCCACUGGUCCAAGGCUGAAGGGAUGCAGAAAGUCCCACAGCGCUUCUUCAUAUCCAACUGCAUCCCAGGAACAGACCCCCUCACAGCCGUUACUGACGACUGCCACAAAAUUUUCUCAAACCUGCAUCCUGGCACCGAGUACACUGUUAGUGUUGCAACUGUGCUGAGCAAUGGGGAACAGAGUGAACCUGUCUCUACAACAGUCUGCACUAUACUUCCUGUUCCAGACCAGCUGACUGUUGACUCAGUGGACACCACAUCAGCUACUGUUAGCUGGAGCCAGUCACCAGGAUUGGACCACACCCAACAUCAUUACCAGAUCUCCUAUCGCUGUUCAGGGACAGAACCACACAUCACCACCACAUCUUCACCCAGCAUCACUCUCUGUGACCUGAAACCUGCUACUGAAUACUCAGUCACUGUCUGCACUGUGCUGGAAAAUGGAAAGCAAAGUCAACUGGUGUUAACAACCUUCACCACAGUACUUCCUGCUCCAGACCAGCUGACUGUUGACUUAGUGGACACCACAUCAGCUGUUGUUAGCUGGAGCCAGCCACCAGGAUUGGGCCAAACCCAACAUCAGUACCUGAUCUCCUACCACUGUCCAGGGACAGAACCACACAUCACUACCACAUCUUCACCCAGCAUCACUCUCUCUGGGCUGCAAUGUGGUACUCAGUACUCUGUCACUGUCUGCACUGUGCUGGAAAAUGGAAAGCAAAGUCAACUGGUGUCCACAACCUUCACCACAAUACUUCCUGCUCCAGACCAGCUGACUGUUGACUCAGUGGACACCACAUCAGCUGAUGUUUGCUGGAACCAGCCACCAGGAUUGGACCAAACACAACAUCAUUACCAGAUCUCCUACCACUGUCCAGGGACAGAAGUACACAUCACUACCACAUCUUCACCCAGCAUCACUCUCUCUGACCUGCAAUGUGGUACUCAGUACUCUGUCACUGUCUGCACUGUGCUGGAAAAUGGAAAGCAAAGUCGACUGGUGUCAACAACCCUCACCACAAAACACCUUCAGUGGUGGAAGAGACCCUCCACAGUUGCUGCAGUGUUUGUUCUACUGGCUGUGAUCAUGGGCCUGUGGGAUUCCUAUGCAACUUCAGAGCGAGACCAUCUACAGAAUAGUCUAAAUACCAGGACCACGGAGAGAGACCAGCUACAGACCAGUUACAACACCCCGACUAAGGAGAGAGACCAGCUACAGACCAGUUACAACACCCCGACCAAGGAGAGAGACCGGCUACAGAUCAGUUACAACACCCUGACUAAAGAGAGAGACCAGCUACAGAAUAGUCUAAAUACCUGGACUACAGAGAGAGACCAGCUACAGAAUAGUCUAAAUACCAGGACCACAGAGAGAGACCAGCUACAGACCAGUUACAACACCCCGACUAAGGAGAGAGACCAGCUACAGAACAGUUACAACACCCCGACUAAGGAGAGAGACCAGCUACAGAUCAGUUACAACACCCUGACUAAAGAGAGAGACCAGCUACAGAAUAGUCUAAAUACCUGGACUACAGAGAGAGACCAGCUACAGAAUAGUCUAAAUACCAGGACCACAGAGAGAGACCAGCUACAGACCAGUUACAACACCCUGACUAAAGAGAGAGACCAGCUACAGACCAGUUACAACACCCUGACUAAAGAGAGAGACCAGCUACAGAGUAGUCUAAAUACCAGAACCACUGAAAUAGACAAGUUGAAGAAGAGUCUGAACACUACAACUAUGGAGCGUGACCAGCUACAGAAGGAGAUAGAAAGACUGAACUGGGAGAACAAAGGGUCCUGUCCUGAAGGAUGGAGAAGGUUUGGCUGCAGCUGUUACUACCUCUCUACUGAGGAGAAAUCCUGGGAGGAGAGUAGACAGGACUGUCUGGAGAGAGGAGCAGAUCUGGUGAUCAUUAACAAUGAAGAGGAACAGACAUUCAUCAAUGGGUAUAAAUCAGUCAAAUAUGCCUGGAUUGGUCUGACUGACUCUGUUACUGAGGGGACCUGGAAAUGGGUGGACGGCACCCCACUGACCACCCCAAGGUAUUGGUGGAGUGGAGAGCCUGGUGGUGGUACGUACCAGAACUGUGGGGAAAUCUAUUACAUAUCGUCAGGCCAAGGCGUAUGGAGGGAUUUGGGAUGUUCAUUUUCACAAGAAUGGAUCUGUGAGAAAUAGGCUUCUCAUUGGUACGUUUAAUGAACUCUCUACUGUAUGUUAAUGGUGGUCUGAAGGCUGGUGUGAUUUGAUAGAAUGGUACUCUGAACUACAGGUUGGAGAGAAACACAUGUUCAAAUUCAGACAGACACACGAAGACACUGAUCUGAACCUGAGUCUCCCACAGGAGAAACCAACUUCUUAAUUAGAUAAGGAUGUAAUUCCCUCUUGGGCCGAGAGCUGACACUGAUUUUUGAAGUCGCAGGUUGGGCUGCCGCAUCACGUGACCAGGAGAAACAUGACUGACUACUGUCUGCUGCACAAGCUGACACACAAUCAUGUAUUCAUACUGUAUGUCAAAAAGUGUGUAUAAAUAGGGGCAUAACAUCUGUAA